AUGGCAUAUGCACUCAUCAGUUUUAUUGUAUUAGCUCUUUUUAUGUCGUCAAUUAUCGAAUGUAGAUUUGUUAAUUAUGAAAUAUGUGGUCCUAAUGAAGAAUAUAAUCGUUGUGGUACACAAUGUGAACAAACAUGUGAUAAUAUAGAUAGAUCUCAACACCUGUGUAAUCAUAUGUGUGCUAUUGGUUGUUUUUGUAUUGAUGGUUAUGUACGACAAAGUGAUAAGAAUAGUUUAUGUGUUAGAAUAAAUGCAUGCUAA